AUGUCUAAGAGAACAGUAUUCACGACAAUCAGUCCGCUGCCUACGGGCAUACCGCGCGAGAUUGUCGUCAACUUCCUGCACAACCACCUGGAGAUGAUCGACUUGAAUCCCCUGGUGAAGGAGAGACAUCCCAUCAAGCCGCCUGCAGACGCCCCUGCGGAUGAGAUCAAGUGCAUCUGGUAUUCGCUAACGGACCGCAUCACAUAUCUGCCCGGGGGCCUGGCAAGCGGAGACAUCUCAUACACAUGCGCAUUCCACGAUCUUCCAAACGGGAUCCAAACGCAUUGUCGCGCACCACUGAAUGUCGACAUCCGGGAUAAAUGGACACUGUGCGGGACGUUGCCCGGUGAGCCUGCCGGGCCCGUGGAGCUGGGCAUCGGCGCGCCGGCCACGGGCUUGUACAUCCGGGAAGAUGUCGAUCUCCGAUGCAACAUUCUCAUGACCGGCUUUGUCAAAAAGAACCUGAAGAAAUCCCACGCUACGCUGGUGGACCAUCUUGUCGAGAAGGCUCGACAAGUCAUGUCGGGGGACAAGGAUAGCAUCUACACUGGCAAGUCGCCCUCGAGCGCCGCGGAAGAGAAACCGGUCUUGUUCCCAACCUCGCAGGCAACACAAAAUCAACCGCCUCGUUACGACGUCCGGGAAAACACUUCAGAAACGAGAAGAAGCCCGCCACCGCAACUCGGGAGCCCGUUUGUGUCUGGAUAUCAACCAGGUCGUCCACCCUCUAUGCGAUAUCCCAGCUCAAACGAGGGCGACAAGGGUCGCAAUGCAACACUCAUUGCACAUCACAGACCGCACUCACAAUUCACAAACCCUCCCAGCCGGCUCGAGCAACACUAUCCAGCAGCAGCCCGGCACCCACCGACACUCGCACACCUUUCCACGCGGCCCCACCCACCGCAGCACUACUCCCUUCCCCCGCCAGCGCACCACGACCACACACUAUACCCACAGCCCCUCCGCGUGCGCAACCUCUCCGUCGGCUCCGCCCAGGUGACGCAGCCCAUACCAGGCACCGCCCGCCCGGCGGCCUGCCACCGCAGCUCGGGCUCCACCUCCUCCUCCUCCGCAGCGACCACCAGCCGGCCCUCCGCCUCGGAGCCAAGGACCAGCAGCGACCACCCGGAGUACCCGUCCCUGAACCCGUACUCGGACGCGGGCAGCAGCGGCGCCAGCUCCUCCCCGGACGAGCCGCGGCCGCCGCGGACGCCGCCGUACUUCGCCGAGCUGGCCGGGUCGGGCCCCGAUCUGGGCAAAAAGGCCGGCGCCGACGGCGCGUGGAGCCCUGAGCACCCCGUGGUGCUGAGGCCCGGGGGCCGCGCUGGAAUGGGCGCGCGCCUGGAUUCUCCUUUUGUCGCGGAGCUGGAAUGA